UGUUAUAUCCCUCUCCGCGGAGGCUGCCUGACGUGUUGAAUAUUUGCUGCGUUUUCCGUUUUAAUCUCGCAUUUCCAACAGUUUGUUUUUACAGCAACAUCUGAAUUAUUAUUCAUGGGCAGGGUUUAGAAACUGCAACAGCUGUUCGUGCAUGUUCCCAAUAAUACAAAAACAUUAAGAUAGAGCAGAUCGUUUCCAUGCGCGGCUCAGAGCGGAAGUGCACCGCGCGGAGACGAGGCUGUCUGGGCGAAGGUCCCGGGCGCAGAGACGCGGCGCUGGAGGACGAGCUGGUAAUGUUUGCACAAAUGGUCUGCUGCAAUACCAAUAAUGGGAAGGAAGGACGCUAGCACCUCUAAAAUUCCAAUUGAUCACUACCGGAAACAAAUUGGUAAACAAGAUUAUAAGAAAACCAAAUCAGUUUUAAAAGCAACGCGAUUGAAAGCAGAAGCAAAGAAAACAGCACCAGGAAUAAGGGAUGAUUUAGAGCAGAGGUUAUCAACGAUCAAAGAAAUGAUACAGCAGGAAGAUCCAGAUUCCUUCUCUGUGGCCCAAGUUCUGCUUUAGCCUUUGGCUGCAGAAUAACUCUACUUUUUGGGGCUACUAAUCCAGAUGUGACACUCAUCAUUGCGGCUAUGGUGAUUUUACUUGUGGCUAUUUAUGGUUUCUUUUAUCUGAAACUCACCACAGAGGUUGAUCUUAAUCCAGAUCUGGAUGAAAAUUAACAAUAGAAUGGUUCUUUCAAGGAUACAUAAUCCUCUGUGAAGCAUAAAUAAACCACUGGGGUUUAUAGAUGGAUGUUGGACUACAAAGGAAGCAUAUAUGACUUUUCAGGUUUCGUAUACCAAGAUUUACUUUCAACAAAUUCAGCAGAUUUACAAGCCAAGUCAUGUGCUCAAAGGAGUGCAUUUCAGAAUAUUUUAAUUGGUGCUCAUUAAUUUUUGAAAAUUCAUCAAAGUUGCUGGUGAACGCAGCAGGCCAGGCAGCAUCUCUCGGAAGAGGCAUAGUCGACGUUUCGGGCCGAGGCCCUUCGUCAGGACUAAUCCUGGAGAUGCUGCCUGGCCUGCUGCGUUCACCAGCAACUUUGAUGUGUGUCGCUUGAAUUUCCAGCAUCUGCAGAAUUCCUCAUGUUUACGUUUUGAAAAUUCAGUUUUGUUUUGAAAAGCUGAGCAGUAUAUGGCAUGAAUGCUCUGGUUCAAUCAGAAACCUGUACUGACAUGUUCGAUGCAAACAACAGGAAUUCUGCAGAUGCUGGAAAUUCAAGCAACACACAUAAAAGUUGCUGGU